AUGGCGGCAGUGAGGCAAGCAGAAGAUCUCUCCGUUGAUCACCAUUCCGUAGAGCUUGAUACGCUUCGGUCCGACGAGAAUGAGGCUACGACAAUACAGUAUCCUCGCGGAGUUCGGCUACUUCUGAUCACUAUUGGUCUUAUUCUCAGCAUCUUCCUCGCCGCCCUUGAUGCAACUAUCAUCUCAACAGCCAUACCGAAUAUUACCACAGAGUUCGGGACCAUUAGCGACAUCGCCUGGUACAGCACUUCGUUCGUCGUCACCCAUACAGCGUUCCAGUCGUGCUGGGGCAAAGCAUACAAGUACUUCCCUCUGAAGACCAUCUUCCUGCUGUCCAUGCUGGUUUUUGUGGUUGGCAAUGUCAUAUGUGCGCUGGCAUCGAAUAGUGAAGUGUUGAUAUUUGGUCGCAUUAUAGGAGGCUGCGGCGGUGGGGGACUUAUGACUGGAGCAUUCAUCAUUAUUGCGCUCACAGCUGGUCCCAAAUGGCGUGCUGCAUACAUGGGUGUACUUGGCGUAACGUUCGGUUGCGCGAGCGUUGUUGGACCACUCUUGGGAGGAGUCCUAACUGACGGUCCAGGCUGGCGGUUCUGCUUUUGGAUCAGUCUACCGAUCGGGUUUGUGGCAGCUUCCACCAUGUUCAUCUGUUUCAAGUCGCCUAUCAACCCCAAGGAAGCUUCACUGCGAGAGAAGAUCCUUCAGCUCGACCUCAACGGCGGUGUACUCGUGGCAACCUCCCUCUCGUGUUUUAUACUGGCCAUGCACUGGCUCGGCAAGAACCCCUCGAACAGCGCUCGUGUCAUAGGAAGCUUCUCUGGGUCCGCUUCACUCCUCGUUUGUUUCAUCAUCAAUGAGUGGGUGAUGGGCAAGAGAGCCAUGAUCCAGUCUAACCUCCUGAAGAACAAGAUGGUGCUCGCAAACGCCUGCUACAUCUUCUUCUUGGCAGGAGCUUACUUCCCACUGCUGUACACCCUACCUGUUCAAUUCCAGUCGGUCAACAACACCUCGGCCUCGCAAAGCGGCGUUCGAUUGAUACCGCUCGUCCUGGGUAUCUCAGCCGUCACGAUGAUCGCAAAUGGUCUUCUCACGUUCUGGCGUCACUACAAGCCUUUCCUUCUGGUGGGUGCUAUCUUUGCACUAGCCGGCAAUACGAAGAUAUAUACGUCUAAUGCGCGCACACUCACGAGCGAAUGGGUGGGCUAUGAGAUCCUCUCUGCUGUUGGAAUCGGCAUGGCACUCCAGAUCCCGGUAAUCGCCAAUCAGGCCUUGGUAUCAGCAGACGACAUGGCGGCAGUCACAACGCUUACACUGUUUAUAGAGAACUGUGGAGAGACGCUCUUUGUUGCAUCUAGUGAGGGAGCUUUCACGAACGGGCUACUGUCAAGCCUCGCACGCAAUCUGCCAUCGAUCGAUUCAAGGACCGUACUGGAUGCUGGCGCGACGCAAAUUAGGAGUUUGUUCAAGGGAGGGGAACUCGAACAGGUAUUGGAGAGCUACCUUGACGGAUGCAAGACCAGCCACAUCAUUACAGUUGCCUGUGGCGCAAUCGCUGGCUUGAUCUCUCUUUCGAACGCAGGUCCUGCGGCAAUAACUUGGGCGAAGCUGAAGUUGAAGAAAGCGCACGGGCGCUAG